UUCUUAUAAGAGAGCCGUACGACUGCCUUUCGCUCGCACACCUAAACAGCCAGGGAAUCCAAGAUUACUUCGAAAAGGCAUACAUCUUCAUCAUGUCAAACCCUCUGCAGUCAAUCCAGUCAGACUCACAGCCCGCCAUGUACGCUUUUGAAUCCACAGAUGCAUCUCGAACUUCACCAGCACCUUCUCUCUAUCUCCCACCAAGUCGAGCAUCCAGCAUUGAAUCGUGGUCUUCUUCAGUUUCUGAGCGAACAAUAAAUCAUCAUAACGAGUCACACUCCCUCUCGAAGUCGCACCAGGCCACUAUCGAGGCAUAUCGGAAAGUGAAGCUUGCGCUUUUCUCCAAGGUUCAGCAUGCCGGUCGUCCAGAAUCUUGAUAUCGAGAACGAAACUAGGGUUAUCAACAACUGGCUCAUCACGCUCGUAUCAUAAAAUACAAUCGUAAUCGAAGAGUGCAUGAAGUUUUCUUACUAGCACUCGCUCAACAACCCGGCUUGGAUGGGGUUGACAUCAGCAACAUUCUUUACAUGCUCAUUCACUGGAAUAUG